GAGACGGGCUUUCUGCGAGGGAGCGAGAGAAAGGAAGAGAAAGAAAGCGAGCUUCAUGGACCCCGUCCCAGCUUCAGCCUUCUCCACGUCUUCUCGCCCCCGACGAUGCACUUUAGGCUUUCAAUAAGAUGCGUGUGUGUUUGCAGAUCAUCGGCUUCCUCUUCGCCGCAAACUUUGACCUCCAGCCCCUCCGAGCCCAGGAUCCCGCCUGUUGCCACCAUGCUGCCGAGUUCUCUCCAUGUAAAGAAGCUUGUGAUCAGCUCGCCACUAUAAAAAGUGAGUCCCGCUUGAAACAUCUCCUGCAGAGAUUGCCAAGUUACUGUCCGGAGUCAAUGAACGAGCUGUGGGUUUGCAUCAACUCUACACUUCCAGGAGUAUCAAGAAAGUCAGACAGCUGGGUAGGGCUUGGCUGUUGCGAGCUGGCUAUCUCGUCGGAGUGCCGCAGGGAAUGCAGACAGGCGUCAUCCAGAAAUGACCUGACAAAAGUAUGCAAAAAAGUCACAGAGAAUCCUCUACACAGCUGCAUCACCAAAAAUGAAAUGGGCUCCACGUGCUGCAGCUACGCGGGGCGUCACACCACCUGUAGAGAGUACUGUCAGGCCAUCUUCAGGACCGACUCGACCCCCACCAUGUCUCAGAUCAACGCCGUUAAAGAGUACUGUCAGAGCCACAGCCCUCAACUGCUCAGCUGCGUCACCAAUUUCACCAAGUCCUACCCGAUACGCAGCCCUAUAGACAGUCUGUACUGCUGUGACCGGGCAGAGGCUACCCACUGCCAAGUGGCUUGCCGGCGAAUCCUCCGCACCCUGAGCACAGAGCACGAGAUCAUGGAGGGCUUGAUCGAUGAGUGUGGCUCCCAGCCUCUCCCCCAAGAUCCUAUGUGGCAGUGCUUUCUGGGAAGUGCCCAUCCCCCAUCGCCAACUGAAAAAGAAGUCCCACAUCCUGCCAAAAUGGACUGCGCCAAACUGCACUGCUGCUCCAAGGCCAACACCUCACACUGCAGGGACAUGUGCCAAGAGAUCAGCACGAACUGGGGCAGCCAGACGUGGCAAGAUUUUGACCAGUUGUGUGAGUACAACCCCGAGGAGACUGAGCUGAUCAACUGCCUGGCCGACGUAAGAGAGCCCUGCCAGUUGGGGUGCAAGGAUCUCUCCUAUUGCACCAACUUCAACAAUAGGCCCACAGAGCUGUUUCGCAGCUGUAACAUGCAGUCAGACCAAGGAGCUAUGAAUGACAUCAAGCUGUGGUCCAAUGGAACAAUCAAAAUGCCUUUUAUGAACAUUCCUGUGCUGGACAUCAGGAAAUGUCUGCCGGAUAUGUGGAAGGCGGUUGCUUGCUCCCUGCAGAUCAAACCGUGCCAUAGCAAGUCCAGGGGGAGCGUCAUAUGCAAGUCAGAUUGCGUGGAAAUCCUGACCCAAUGUGGGGACAGAAAGCGUUUUCACGAGGGACAAACUCCCGAGAGGAUUUGUGAGCGGUUGUCACCCAUUGAUGACCCCGAACGCUGCAUCCCUCUCCACAGAUACCUCACCCCAAGUUCGCUGGGAAAUAGCCUUGUUGAAGAGGUCAUCCAUCCAUGCAACCCGAACCCUUGCCCGAGCAACCACUUGUGCCAGGUCAACAGAAAGGGUUGCCUGGAUGAGCUCAACUGUCAGCCAUUUAUCUGCGUGCCAGGCUGUAAACUCGGCGAGGCUUCGGAUUUUCUGGUGCAACAGGACACUCGCUUACAGGUGCCGACUCGCGCUGGUCCGGCCGGGUGUUACGAGGUCUGCACUUGUGGUUCAAGUGGGCGCCUGGAGAACUGUGUGGAGAUGCCUUGUGUGGACACCAGCAAGCCGUGCAUUGUCGGAGGGCAGAAAAAAAAUCACGGGGUGUCUUUCAGGCUAGACUGUGACACCUGCUUCUGCUUCGGUGGCCAUCCCAUCUGCACCGACAGAGAAUGUCUCAACAUUGAAAGUUCAGAUGAAGACCGCCUACACUUUACCGGUCUCCCAUGUAACUGCCCCGACCACUUCAUCCCAGUGUGCGCUUCCAACGGCCGCACGUACCCAAGCGCAUGUGUGGCGCGCUGCGUGGGUUUCAAGGACCAUCAGUUUGUGUUUGGCCAGUGCCGGUUCACUAACCCCUGCGCCAGUCAACCCUGCCAGAGAAACCAGAGGUGCGUCCCGAAAUAUCAAGUUUGCCUGAGCGAAACGUCGGACUGCCUGCAGUACGAGUGCGUCGGCCGGCAGUUGGCCUGCGACAAGAGCAACGUGGAGCCGGUCUGCGAUACCGACGGCCUCAUUCACGGCAGCCUGUGCCAACUCCAACAAGCUGGGAAAACCCUUGCCUACAUGGGUCACUGUCAGGAAGCCUGUAAGAGUCGGCAGCAGGUUUGCGGCCACAACGGCGAGACCUACAAUACCGUGUGCGAGGCCUACUCAGAUCGGGUGGCUCUCGACUACGAGGGACACUGUCAGGCCGUGGGGGCCAUGUCGGACAUGGCAACUGACUCUGCUUGCGGUCUCAUUUCCUGUCCACGUUUGUCGACGGCGGACUGCCAGCCUGUCACGCCCCCAGGAGCCUGUUGCCCAAUCUGUGCUAGUAUGCUGCAAGUCCUCUGGAACAAGGAACAAAUCAACACUUUCUCUAAGCUAAAUAAGAACCAGCCAGUCUCAGUCCACGAUGUCCUUCAAAUGCUGCGACUUCACGUGUCCGUCCCGCAGUGUGAUGUUUUUGGCUACCUCAGUAUCGACCACGAGCUGGUGAUCCUCAUUGCGCCAGUGGACCAGCAUCCGACGCCUCUGCAGAUUGAAGCCUGCAGCAAGGAAGCCGAGAAGAUAGAUUCCCUCAUCAACUAUGCCAGUCCGACACUCGUCUCCCACAUUCCCCUCUCCGCUCUCGUCGCCUCCGAGACCAAAACGUCUUCCGUCAAGUCCUCCGGGGGAGCUGGGCCGUCGCCUCCGCGCCCCGCCCUGUGCUUUCUCCUUGGUCUCUUUUUGGCCGCGGCCUCAAGUCCCCGACAGCUGUAAACACUCAGCCUGCCCUCCCUUCCCUUGUGUUACGAUCAAUUCCGUGGCCGUCUUUCAGAAGGAAGCCGCGGCGGUGCCUUUGGACAAUCAUAAAAAAAUUGACUCGCCAGCGUUGGAAACAAUCAAGGUGGAAAAGCUAUUAAUAUGAAAAGCUUUGUACAUACAGUAUUAUGAAUGGAUGAGAUCCUCACUUUAUGACCUAUAGUACGGUGUCUGUCAGGGUUUUUACGAGCACAGUGUUGCCCCGCUUAUUUGCGAAUCACGUGUCGACCUCUUGUGGCAUCUUGUUGCCAAGGAACUAUGUUGAAGUGAGAAAAGGAGCUUCGAUUAGGCAAGCCAUUGCCCUGUCUUUAAAAAAAAAUAGUGCUUUGUCACCAUUUUGUGGCAUCCAUUAACUAUCAAAGCUUCAAUCGCGGGGCCGUCGCUUGCAGAUUUUUGCUAUUUGCGGCAGGGCUCGAUCCCGAUCCCCUGCAAAUUGUGGGCGGACACUGUAGACAGUAUUGGCGUUUAUGACAAUGUGUGCAUUUGUGUGUGUUUCUGUAUGUUUAUGAAGCAUUUGGCUUCAAAGAAUCAGUGUUAAAUCCCAGCAGCAAGCUCUUCUCUGAAAUGUUCGGAAUCGUGUUAACCAUUAGGGUCUAUCGAGGCCUUUUUUUGUGUGUGUGUGUGUGCCAUGUGGCCGCGUCUCUUACACACAAAUACUCUUUUAAAUAUUAUUUUUUUGUACAGUAUACUGCCAGCUUUUAAUCAAAACAUGAGGUAGGGUAUACCUCAUUUAGCGUUUGAACCUCCAGCCUCUGCAAGUGUUAGAGGUACCGUUGGUAGUUUAGUAGUUCACGUCGCUCAGUUUCCUGCGGCUGGCGUGGGAGAAAUUCCCAUUUUUAUCGACUUUGCAAUCGGCUGGUGACCAAGUUCAGGGUCCAGUGCAACUUAGCGUAGCAGCUGCCCUUGUGAACCUGACCAGGAAAAGUGUUAUAGACAAGGGAUGGAUCGAUAUUUGGGAGUGCGAGUAUGUUUCGCACAUUAUUUCAUUUUUAUGACCAAAGACAAUCUAAGCGAUAUACAGAUCACAAAUCACCCGAUCGGUAAGCAGGCUAUAAAAUAAUGUGCGAAAUGCAGAAUAUAGGUGAUGGACAAUGGUAAUUUUUUGACCCCCCCAAAAAAAUUAUAUAUAUAUAUAUUUGUUUUUAAAUUAAAAUAAAAAAAAUAAAUAAAUAUAUAUAAUAAAUUUGAAAUUAGCAAAGAGAUUUUAACAAUUAUUCACGUCCAUCUUUUAACUUUUAUACAGUAGUGUCAACAAAAUUCAGUAAACUCCAUGUGAAAAAUGUCCAAAUUGCGACCAAAGUGUCAAUAUUUUGUAUUGCCACUAUUUCCUACCCUCGGAUGACUUCAGGUGUCGGGCGUUUACUAAUAUUAUACGGCAUCUGAAGCUGAGUGACAUAAAAUCUUCCAGUAAUUCCGUUUACACGCUUGGGUCAGGUUUGCCACAACCCGUUUACUGAGAAUCCCAAAGAACGCACAUUUUCGUGGCGUGUACAGUAUUACGUUUAGAUUCACAAUCAACUCCAGAUGGCAACAAUGUUUUGUGCCAUCUGGUCGGUCAUAUGGUUCAACCACAAAAAUGUCUCUUUGCAUUAAACUAACUUAUUACCAUUUCAGUGAAUUCAUAUACUCUCAUUUUUUUUAACCUAUUCUCGUUUAUCUGACAAAAAAAAAAAAAAAAUCACCUAUUUGCCGUUUUUGCGCUUUGGCCAAAGCCUUGAGCGAUAUAAAAGUAUUCCUUCGGCGCCAUCGUGUGGGAUGUUGGUGACAAGCAACAAUGUUCAGUCUAUUACUAUUAUGAGCGACCCAGACAAGAGAUUAUAACCUUCUAUUUUUGGCAAGAGGAAUAAAAAAAAGAAUCUCUUUUAAAUAAUCUCUAUCUUUCUUUCUCUCUCUCCCUGUCUGAACGUUCUGAAAUCCCGUUUCCAUGCCAAUGUCAUAUUGAGCAGAACGAUGCUACCUUGUACCUUUGUACUCGUUUUUGACCACAAACUAGUUGAGACAGACUCGUGCCGUCCAUAAAAUGUCGCUUCAAUCGCUUUUAUUUCCACAAAUUAGGAUUUUCCCGCUCACCCUUGCCCCGCAACUCACGAGGAACGGAAAGUAGGAACAGCAUGACUUGAGCGUGUGGCGACGACAAGAGACACGGCUGCAGCCGUUUUGUUUGAGGACGUGAAGGAGAUAUUAAGAAGACACAAAAAAUGAAAAAUGAAACGGAAAAAUGUCUGACGUCGUGGUUAUGUCGCGUGCAAGAGCUGCCGUAGAUGGCGCAAUGCGAUACAAUCACGGCUUUAGUGGUGAAUUUUGUCAUCCCUAAUUUGAGGGUUGUAUGAACUUUAAUACAAUAUUUUCAUGUAUAGGAAGUCAUUUUAGGAUUCAUUCAAUCUCCUUGAUGUCCAUUUUAAGACAAUUCAAGUAGAACAACAGCGUUUUGUACUCAUGACAUUUUUUUCCCCACUACUAGUGCAACUUUUGGGCUACUAGUCCCAUCUUAAGAUGGAUAGUAAGCAAACGACACGAACUAGUUUUCCAUAAAGUCAUCUGAGCAUCGAUUCAGUAUACUUCGCGUUGAAUCAAUGCUCAAAUGACUCCGAUAUCAAUUCCAUAUUUCGCGUGAGGCCAGUAGCUCUUGAGUUUUAAAAGGGAUUUCACCGAUUUGUACAUUUACCGCAUAAACUCGAAGCCAUUUAAUGACGAGACAAUCACGUACCCGCGUCGCUCUUUGGGUAAAGAUUUCCAUUGUAUGCCUUGCAUAAUAGUGUCUUAUGAAGUACUAUUACUAAUGCAAUAUCUUUGUGUAUCGAAUGCAAUAUAUAUAUAUAUUUUCUUGUUGAGAAAGGUCUCUAUAUUUGAUAAGUACAGUAUUUUGAAAAGUGUUUCAGAUGACUAUCAUGGGUGCCAUGUUUUGAAAUAAAUAGAUGUUAUUUUGGUUUUGUGCAUGACGACAGUAAUGAAGUAUUUUUUUUUUUUUUUAAUGUAUUUUCUAGUUGCCUGUACACCACACGUGUCUUUACCAGUAUUACUGUGCUAGGCAGAUUAGUUCAGGGUACAAAGGAGUAUUCGGGCUGCAAUGGGAGGAAUAAAAUCAAAAUUAAUGGGGGGAAAGAUUUUUUUUUACAUUUAUGAGUGUAACGUAGCACUGUUAUGAGAAUACAGUAAGUCAAAAGUCAUAUAUUUUAGAAUUAAAGUUGUACAUUUACUGGAAUCAAGUUAUGAUUUGAAAGAAUGAUUGUAAAAGAUUCCCCCACGAAUAUUACGACUUUAGUCUUCUAAUAUUAAGACUUAAUUUAAUCUCGAAAUCGUGAAUUUAAUGUCCUUAUGUUUUCCACUUCAUUUUUAAAGUAGUAUAAAUGUUUUUAAUACUCAUUCAUAACAGGGAAACCUCACCUGGCUCCUACAUGUAUUAUUGUAUGUAUGUAUGUAUCGAUAAUUAUUAUUGUUGUUUUUAUGAUCGAAUGGUUAUAUUUUUUGUUCUUGCCAACAUUUCUUAUGUUAUUUUUUUUCAUGUUUUUCCAUGGCUUUGUUUUCCCUACAUGAGAAAAGCGUUUUUUUUUUCAAGACUGAAAAACUACAAACGUGAUGAAGAUGUGAAGACCGAAAAGAACAGCACGGCUCUGUUUAAAAUAAAAAUAAUAAUUGUAAUCUGUGGUUGAAUUACUUUCCUUCUUGUUUCGCAUUGUUUGCAUGUGCUUGAAAUGGGCAUUUUGCGAAGAACCUUGGACAGAACCAAGCUCUUCUACAUUAGGUCAUAUGAAUUAUUGUUUUGCAAGAGGGCCCUCUGCUGCCUUAAGUACUGAAUAGUGUCCAUCAACCACAUUUUUUAAAAAAUGUGUCCCAUUAUGUUCGCUUACCAAGUUGGCUUACGUACACCCUGUGUCGUGUUUAUUUACAGUUUAUUCGACCAUGUAAAAAUGAUAAUAAUUUAAAGAAAUGUAGAACAAAGUCCAAGUGAUUAUUAUUUUCCAUGAAAUAUAUAAGAGCAAUGAGACAACCAAGCUGUUUUCGUCUUUAUGUGAGUCUGUGUCUGUGUGUGGAUAUGAAUUAUUGUUUUGAAAGAGAGCCCUCUGCUGUCUUAAGUAUUGAAGAGUGUCCAUCAACCAUAUUUUUUUAAAAUUUGUCCCAUUACACAUUAAUUACCCAUUACACUCUUGCCGAGUCGACAGCUCAUGUACAAUCUGUUUCGUGUUUAUUUUCAGUUUGACUAUGUAAAAAUGCUAAUAAUUGAAAGAAAUGUAGAACAAAGUCCACGUGAUUAUUAUUUUCCAUGAAAUAUAUAAAAGCAAUGAGACAAGCAAGCUGUUUUUGUUUUUAUGUGAGUCUGUGUGUGGAGUACGUAUUAUGAUUAUUAUUAUUGUAGUUGAAUUUUUGAUAA